AAGUGAAAUGGAGAGGUCAGGGAAGAUUGGAUAACCGGGAAUCAGUAUAGUAUUUCAAAAAAUAAUAAUAAUAAAAAAAAAAAAAAAACACGAAGGCUGCUUGCCAAAGACUUGUUUAAAGGCCUUGGCCAAUGGCAUGAAGAAUAUAUAUAGGAAGAGUAUAAAAUGCGUGGCAAAGGCGGGCCCCCAUUUUUGAAUUUGAAACCAUCGGUUCCCCCACGCUCUUUCCUUCAAAAUUCAUUCCAUACUUAACACAUUUUCUAAUCCUAUAUGCUAAUUGCAAUGCCCGCUCUCUUCUUCUCCAAUUCCAAGCAAUCAACUUUUCAAAUACGGAUCUGCUAUUCCCUUUUCUAAACCUAUCCAUCCAUUCCAUUCUACUUUCACUCCCUUCCUUCCCAACAAAGUUCCCAUCCUUUUUCUUUUUUUUGGUUCGUUUUCAUUCAAUUUGAAGUUUUCCCAACACCUUUUGAAUUUUGUGCCAUCAAAGUUUUGGACUUGAAUUGGGUUUCCUAGAUAAUGAAGAAUCAAGGUGAUCUACGGUUGCCCGGAACUGAUCAUACGGCGAUUGGAGAAAAGCGAAGCAGUGGCGGAUUGGGAGAGAAACAAGAAAGUCUUCGUGAACGGAUUAAAGUGCGAAAACUUGAUUCCGUGUUGAGGACAGAAGAGACCAGCACCCAUCCUAUGAAAAAUAGAGAAGCUAGUGACCAGUUUCAGUUUGGUGAAGGACUUUCUCAAGUUACCAGUUUGCCUGUAACCAUCGAUCUGGCUGCUGCGCAAGCAGAAAGACGUGGGAGGACUUCAUUGUCUGUCGAGGCAGGAUCUAGACCACUAGAUCUCAAUACUGAAGCUUGUGUUGCUGAUAAUUCAGCUAGCAAUGCAAGUCCGGGGAACACUGAGACUUGCAAGAAAGUCUCUUUGCUCAAGCAGCAUGAUAGAGAACAUGAUAGUAAAUUUGUAACCUCUGGAGGGAGUGGCUUGGAUCUCAAUGCCGAAGAUGUUACUAGCCCCAUGAACGCGGAAUUGUUUCGUAAUCCCAAAAUUCAUGAUCACUUGAAAUCAAGAAGGGAUGCUUCUGAGUGUGGGAGUACUACUAGUCCAGUGAAGGGGAAAGACUCAUUAAGAGUUUGGAAAGAGAUGAAGCAAAAUGGUUUUCUUUCAUCUUCUCAUGGCGGCAUUUCAAUACAACGUGGUGUAACCUCAUUUUCACAUGGUGGGAUACCAAUGCCAAAGCAACGUGGGAGGAAAAGCAAGAAUGAUAUUCUCAAGAAAAAGAUGGAGCUUGCAAAGAAAGAACAAGUUGAUAGGUUCACUAAAAUUGCUGCACCAAGUGGACUGUUGAAUGGUUUGAACCCUGGGAUUAUAAACCAUGUGAGGAAUAAAAAACAGGUCCAUUCCAUAAUAGAGGCCUUGGUUAAGUCUGAAAAACUUGAAAAUGGUUGUGUUGAAACUAAAGAAACCAGAAAUGUGGGUGAUUCUGGUGUACAUCUACUCAGUUUUUCUCGAGGAAAUGGGGGUUCAACUAUUUUAUCUGGGAACAAACAAAUAGGAGGAUGCCAUAUAUUAACUGGGGAGAGUGACUCCAGCAUGGUAGGCACGAUAUGUGGCAGAAAUUCUGUCAUUGAAGAUGAUACUUUAGCACUUAAGUUAUCAACAUCAAGCAAGCUAUCUGAGGAAUCUAGAACUUUUUCUAAUGAGGAAUCAACAAAUGUCAAUAGCAUUUCUUCUCUUUCAGUAAGAGCUGCUAGCGUUGCUUCUCAAUGGCUAGAGCUUCUUCAUCAAGACAUUAAAGGGCGCCUCUCAGCAUUGCGACGCAGUAAGAAGAGAGUCCGAGCUGUAAUUACUACAGAGUUACCCUUUUUAAUAUCAAAAGAAUUCCCAUCUAACCAAGAGAAUGAUCCUUUUAUUAUGAAAACUUCAUCUGAUGGACAGUCUAGUAAUGCAAUGUCUUCCCUGCAUCAAGCAAGAUGGAGCACAUUAUUUGAUCAGAUGGAUAAGGCACUUAUCGAAGAAGAGAAACAACUUGAAAGUUGGUUGAACCAAGUAAAAGAAAUGCAACUGCACUGUGAUCAGGGGCUGCAAAAUUUUCAAUGGAACUCAAUUUCUGUUUCCCAACUGCAGGAAACAUCAGAAAAUUACAAUAGGAAAGUUGAGACCUUUGAGAGGGAAAUAGCAGUUAGAGCUGCAGCAGCUUCCAUCUAUUCAACCUGCAGUUUUCUGAUGUCAAAGGAGAAUGUACCGAGCAGUGGCAGGAUAACAGAAUCUGAUUGUUAGAACUCAAGUUGCAUGAUUAAAGUGGUAGAAUCUGAUGUUCAGAUUCCUUCAUUAAA